GAAAAGAUAAUUUAAAAUAAGCACGGCCCCCCGCCAAAUUCACGAUAGCUUCACAAUAAUCGCCACACGAAAGGUUUUAAAAUUCGUGCCCAGGAUUUUUGAUGAAUUUUGUGAACCAUCAUCCGUUCCUUUCUCCCUUCAUGACAGUUAAAUACCCGAAAGUUGCAGGAUACGACCUCGUUCAACAAAUAGGUGGCGGUGGCUUCUCCACUGUUUUCCGCGCCGUCAACCUCUCGGAGCACCGUGUAGCAGCCUGUAAAGUUAUCUUGAUCACUGACCAAACAACGGAAAAAGACCGCAAAACAAUCGAUAAAGAAACUCGAAUACAUUCAGUGUUGAAGCACGUCUACGUAUUGGAAUUGAUUUGUGCCGUGACGGUGGAAUUGAAGUAUCGAGAGAUGUAUGUGCCGGGGAUUUAUAUGCUUCUAGAGUUAGCGGCGGGAGGGGAUUUGUUCGAUAAGAUUGCUCCGGACGUAGGUGUUGGUGAUGAAGUAGCGCAUCUGUAUUUCAAUCAACUACUCGCUGGGAUGGAAUACAUCCACAGCAAAGGCAUUUGCCACCGCGAUCUCAAACCCGAAAACCUCUUACUAGACAUCGCUGGGAACCUCAAAGUUUCGGAUUUCGGAUUAUCAGCAGUGUUCCGACUGGGUAAUGGAAAGACGAGGUUAUUGUCGGAACGGUGUGGGAGUUUACCGUAUGUUGCGCCUGAGUUGAACACAGACGAGACUUACGCCGCAGAGCCUAUUGAUAUGUGGGGUAUAGGGGUCAUCUUGUUCACAUUACUUGCCGGAAACACACCUUGGGACGAACCCACUCGACAUAGUCCAGAAUUUCGAAAAUACAAAUCUGGAGAUAUAUUCAAAGAAGAUCCCUGGAAUCGGUUGAGUGAGGACGCAUUGUCUCUGUUACGUGCACUUCUAACGAUCAAUCCUAAGCAACGAUUGACUCUACCAGAGACGAUGCAACAUCCUUGGUGCAUCAGAACAAGCCAACUCGCACGUCAAAGCACCGCUGUACUGGCGGACAAGCUCACGGAGUCUCUUCGCACUACUGGGGAUAUGGAUUACGUUAUGCCUCAGCCUACAGAUUUGCCUAUGGAUGUCGACCAAGACGAUGGGGACAAAGAAACAUCAUCUGCUGCUGCUGGGCCGUCGCAUAAUUCCCAAUUCACCCAGUCUUUAAUGCUCUUUUCGCAAACACAAUCCGGUGCACGAUACACCCCACAUCUAACACGGUUCUACGCGACACUCGGUCCAGCAUUGCUCAUGCCGAUCGUGAAAGAGACAUUAGGGGAGCUGGGGAUUGUCUUCAAGGAGAGCUCAUCAAAUCAUCGUUCAAAUGUCGGCCAAGCACUGGAUAGCUUGAGCGAGGAGAACACUGGAGGUGCUAUAGUUGGGGAUGGUACUAUCAGAGAGAACAAUGGGGUCGAUAGAAUAUGGAAAAUCCGGGUCGGGGGAAAAGACGCCCGGAAAAUAUUGUUUAAGGGAUGGAUCGAAAUGGAGCACUUCAGUCAUGGAGGUAUGAACGGGACAUUUUGUGUGAUGUCGCGAGACGAGGGUAACCCACUCUCGUGGCGUCAAUUCUUCAAAGCCUUGCUCAAGUCAGAUGCAGUAUAUCCACAUGUUCUGAGGAAGAGAUAAACCGGAUGGGAGCAAUCUUCAGUCUUGGGUCUCUGACUAUCUCGUAUUUCAUCCUAUUGAUAUUUUUCUUUCUUGCUUGUUCGGUUUCUUUACAACCUACACUCCAUCUGCAUAUUCUGCUUGCAAACUCGCACACAUAUCUUCACCUCAAUUCAUUCUAGCUAAAUGGUAUCUAUAAA